CUGACCGGUGGAUUGCAGUGUGAUUCCCAAAAAUCGCUCACAUUCCGCUCUAAUUAGCUCACGCAGAUCGCGCGUCCGAAUCCGAGCGCGCCAAGAUGAAUCAACAGUGCAAAGUGUGCGGUGAGCCAGCUGCCGGGUUUCACUUCGGCGCAUUUACCUGCGAAGGAUGCAAGUCGUUCUUCGGCCGGACCUACAACAAUUUGUCGUCCAUCUCGGAGUGCAAGAACAACGGCGAGUGUGUAAUCAACAAGAAGAACCGUACCGCCUGCAAGGCGUGCCGGCUGCGGAAAUGUCUCGUCGUCGGAAUGUCGAAAAGUGGCUCCCGGUACGGGCGGCGCUCGAACUGGUUCAAGAUCCACUGUCUGCUGCAGGAGCAACAGCAACAGCAACAGCAACAUCAGCAGCAGCAGCAGCAGCAGCCACACAGCCAGCAGAAGACCUCUGGCCACGGCAACAACAACGGCGGCGGUGGUGGUCUCACGAGCAAUCACAAUAGCACUACGACCACCUGUAGUAGCGGCAGCAACAAUAACACCGCCAGCACCAUCAGCAACAACAGCACGAGCAACGAGAACAGCAACAACAGCACCAGUUCUCCGGGCUUGUCGAUCUCGAACGGGUUCCUCACUGGUAGCUUUCUGUCGAAUCUCUGCCACAACAAUAACAACAACAACAAUAGCAGUAACAAUAACAACAACAACAACAACCCCAAGACACACAAUAACAACAAUAACAGUGUCACGGUGAAGAAAGGCUUGAAGCGGCCCAGCACCCCGAGCGACUCCGGGGCCUCCUCGGCCGAUCCGGACGACGGUGGCGGUGUCGGUGGCGGUGGGAGCGGCGCGUUCAAGGAUCCGUUCCUGGCCACCGGUCUUGACGAAGGGGGCCUCUCGAAGCUGGGCCCCCGAAUGCCGUGCACCCCUCCAGCGUCCGCCUCGCUCCAAUCCCUGUCCCAUUCCGACAGCCCGUACCGGCCGCUGCUGCUGGGCGAUCGAAUGUCCCCGUUCCUAUCGACCGCUCCCCUGCGGCCCGAUGGAUCCCCCUUCUUCCCGCCCUUACCCUUCGCGAUGCCGCCCCUCGAGUUGCUCGCUUCGGCCCACCACCAUCACCAUCACCCGAAGCGGGAGCACGAGCAGAGUGAACCCAUCGACCUGUCCAUGAAGUCUAAGUCAUCGUCCAGCUCCGGAUCGCCGGAGUCACCACUGCGGAUAGACAGUAGCUCCCCGGUGCUCGCCGAUGCGCACGAGCCCACCAACCUGUUGGUCCCACUCGCCAGCAAACCCGUGCCGCUGGAUCUCUCGACCUUCGUGCGAAGCAAAGCCCUGUCCGGGUAG